AUGAGUUUCGGUGCUAAAGUCUCUAAAUUUUUGAGAUUUUUAGAAAUUCCUGCUAAAGAUAGGGCCUCCGUGAAUUUUCUGAGGAACCCUGAUUUGCAACCUAUCAAGUCUGCAAAUCAAACAUGGGGGUUCUGGUCUAAUUUUGCGUAUUGGGGUGUUCUGUCAUUCAACGUCGGUAUGUGGAUAGGCGGUUCGUCUGCACUAACUGUUGGGUUGAGUUACUCAGAGACCAUUGGUGCAUUUAUUAUUGCCGAUAUCUUGACCAUUAUGUUUGCCUUGGCCAACUCUUGUCCUGGUUAUGACUGGAAGGUCGGUUUCACUCUGGCUCAAAGAUUCGUCUUUGGAAUUUACGGUUCAGCCCUUGGUAUCAUCGUCAGAAUUUUAAUGAGUAUUGUCUAUUACGGUUCGAACGCUUGGUUGGGUGGUCUUUGCGUAAACAUGAUAUUGGAUUCCUGGUCUCACCAUUACCUGCAUCUACCUAAUACUUUGUCCUCGAAAGUUGCCAUGACCACCAAGGAAUUGAUCGGCUUCAUUAUCUUCCAUGUCCUCACCGCGUUCUGUUACUUUAUGAAACCAUACCAUAUGAACUACAUUUUAAUUUGGUCGUGUGUUGGUACUUUCUUUUCCAUGCUGGGUAUGGUAAUUUACUUGACUAAGAACGCUCAUGGUGUUGGUGACUUGUUUACCUCGACUAAAUCAACAGCCACUGGUUCUGCAAAGGCUUGGGCUUGGGUUUAUACAAUCUCGUACUGGUACGGUUCCGUUUCUCCAGGUUGCACCAAUCAAAGUGACUUCUCAAGAUUUGGUUCCUCUAAUUGCGCUAUCUGGACCGGUACUAUAGUUGCUUUACUAAUACCAGCAACUUUGAUCCCAGUCUUCGGUAUUAUUGGUGCUUCCGCUUGUGAAAAAUUAUAUGGUCAAACAUUUUGGAUGCCUAUGGACAUCUUUGACAACUGGUUGACAACUAACUAUUCCGCAGGCGCUCGUGCAGGUACAUUCUUCUGUGGUCUUUGCUUUGUUAUGUCUCAAAUUUCUUAUACGAUCUCCAACUGUGGAUUUGCCAGUGGUAUGGAUUUGGCUGGUUUGUUACCCAAGUAUGUUGAUAUCAAAAGAGGUGCUAUUUUUGCCGCAUGUGUCUCCUGGGCUUGUUUACCAUGGAACUUUUACAACUCCUCUUCUACUUUCUUAACUGUCAUGAGUUCUUUCGGUGUCGUUAUGACGCCUAUUAUUACCGUCAUGAUCUGUGAUAACUUCCUGAUCAGGAAGAGACAAUACUCCGUUACCAAUGCCUUUGUCCUAAAUGGUGAAUACUACUACACCAAGGGUGUGAACUGGAGAGCUAUUGUUGCCUGGGUUUGUGGUAUGGCUCCCGGUCUGCCCGGCAUUGCGUGGGAAGUCAAUAACGACUAUUUCCACAACACUGGUAUUAUAAAUUUUUUCUAUGGUGAUUCUUUCUUUUCCUUCUUAAUUUCUUUUUUCGUCUAUUGGGGACUAUGUACCUUUUUCCCAUUCAAAAUUACUGUUAAACAUGAUGACAAAGAUUACUAUGGUGCAUUCACCGACGAAGAAGCAAGAAAGAAGGGCAUGGUUCCAUACAGUGAAAUUUCUGAAGAAGAAAUCCGUGCUUACACGUUGGGCGAAUGUUACACCACUGGACACGAAUAUCAACCUGAAAGCUCUGAUGACCAACAACCUGAGUUGAUUAAGACUAGCUCAGAAAACACAAAAGUAUUUGAAAUCGUUCAUCAAAAAGAUAAUGAAAAGGAAUCCUCUACUUCCAGUGAACAAAUUGCCUAA